AUGGAAGGCACCAUAGAGAUUUGGGGUAACUCGUCCUUGACAACGGGGAUGUCCGACACCAAGGCUCGGCGAGAUAAGCAGGUGAGCCAGACACAGACCGUGCGACCAAGGGCCUCUACUGCUACUCGUCCGCUGGUUACCAUCCCGCCAUCGCCUAUCGUUCAAUUACAACCACCGAACCUUCGAGAAAGCACCUCGAGCUGGGACUUGUUGCCGCCAUUUGAGAAGCUGCUCGAGGGAAGCCAGAUCCUUACGACCUCGUUCUUCCAGCUCCGAUUCCUGCCGAAAACACUCUUCUUCGAGCGACUCGAAAGAACCAGCGUCGGCCAACGUAUUCCUCCUCCUGAGCAUCUUGAGGCUACGGCCUUGGUGCCCGAGCAGAUGUACACUCCUUCUCUGGAAGCCACGCAAGGCCUCUUUUUGAUGAGCAUUGCCGAGUGGGGCAAGGGCGACAAGCAUCGCAACUCAAUGCACAUGGGGAUUGCCGUGACCAUGGCGGGGAUCCUUCGGCUUCACCGGGAGGAAACAUAUCAACUACCUACGCUCUUGCCCUGCAACAAAGCCGAAUUUGCCUUUGGGAGCAUUGCUGGGCCUCGAGCCGCCAUGGCCCGAACUGUUCCGGCGCUCGCGAAUCCCGACCUGGUUCACUGUCCUAGUCGCUCGUUAUUCGCGACUUUACUGCAGACCCAUAGCCUUUUAGGCCGUGUUGCCAGAAUUGCAGGCCGUGAUGACGAGCAUACGUCGCAGAACUGGCAGGUUCGUCGAGACGAGUACAUGGAGAUAUCAGCCGCCCUCAAUGAGUUCGAAGCGAACAUUCCACCACUUCACCGCUGGUCAACUUUGAAUCUUCGAGGGUUCAAAGCAGAGGGACUCGAGCUCGCAUAUUUUUUCGCUGUGAUCUAUGUUUGUCAUAUUGUUGUGGAGAUACCUGCAUGA